AUGAAAUGUGUGUUAUUAUCAGUGACUCAUGGAUUACCUUGUGCAUGCACCAUUCACCGCGUAAUUACGCAAGACAGGGCGUCGUUACAUGUCGAUCAGGUUCAUCCAUUCUGGCGGACGCUCGUUAUCGGAGAGCAUGCUGUUCCGCAUACGGUUCACCGUGAACAGGAGGAGUUGGAGCAGUUUCAGUUGAUGUUUGACCAAGUGUCCUCCAGUCACCCUUCGAUCAUUCGUAGUGCUACACACAUACUUCAUGACAUGUUCAAUACAUCGUGUUUGGAUACCGAGGAACCGGAAGGGGUCGAGCGACCUAGGGGUCGACAACCACGGCGGAACAAGAGUGCGUUUGAGUACAUUCGCGGUCGUGGCCGUGGCCGUGGCCGUGGUCGUACAUCCUCAUCAAGUGGCAGCCAAUCAUCGUCGUCGGUGAAUAUGCCCGGCACCGGGAGAAUGGACAUUGAACAUUUUCCAUAUAAGGACAGGAUCCCUAAUAUCAUGAUGUCAUUCUUGGACGGGUGGAAUGAUGUCAUUGCAGAUGGUAACUGCGGAUUUCGGGUUGUGGCGGAUGUGUUUCAAAUGGGUGAAGACAACUACGGUUUAGUGCGGCAGUUGAUGUACAGUGAAAUCGCAUCAAACCGAGAUGUGUAUGGCCAUGUGUACGGCGAGGACUUGGAUAGGUCUCUGCAGCGUAUCCGGUGGGGAGGGGGACCUUGCGAUCAAAAUCAUUGGUUCGAUGCGCCACUUGAUCUCUUUGCCGUUGCAAACAUCUACAAGUGUGCAGUCAUGCAUUUCGGCCUUGGUUUACAUAGUCGAGCCUAUUAUCCAUGUACAACGGUUCUGCCCUGGUGUUUGCGCGAGAUGAUCGAAGGUGACUCACUCUAG